AUGUUUAUACAGAAUAUUGGCCAAUACAUAUCAGUUGUUAGAAUUUCUGACGAAAGAGAGAUACUAAAUGUAGAGUUCUUAGGACUACCAUUUAGAAGCACUAAAGACCACACUGUUGGAGAUGUUAAAAAGUUAUUGAUUAUGGCCGUCUGUAGUUUAUGUUAUUCCCUUGGUGACUAUUUAGAUUGUAGCGUUGAGGAUGCCAAAAAAGUUAAAUCAUAUAGUAUCCAAGUAAUUGAAGUUAUGGAACCUCUCAUUAUGGGAGAAAAUAAAAAUACAGAUGAACUAUCCUCAAUAUGGCGUAAAAGAUUUAUAAAUGCACUUAAAAUCACAACUAAUAAUGCAGAAACAGACCAGACAGCUCGGCAGAUUGCAACAUUACUCAUAAAUCAAAAACAAUCUAGCACUACCACAAAGUUUUGGAAGCAAUUGAAGAUUGAUAAAAGUUAUGAAAGUGCCCGGGAGAGACUUCAGAAUAAAAAGGUUUUUAGAGCGCAUAAAACCAUUCAAGUUGCUAGUGAAUUCAACCUUGAAAACUCUGGUUCUGACAUUCAAGCCAUUGUAUUUGCGUCAAAAACUUCUUAUAAACGAAAACGACAAGAAAAGAACAAACGAUUCGUUGAUAAAAGAAACAAAAGUAAAACGAGUUCAUUUGAUUUCAACCCAUUUUAUGAUGUUGAUAAAUCUCCAUCUCCUACAGGACCUCUCACAAUCACAUCAAAUAAACCAUGA